AACACGCUCUCGGCCAAGGAUCUGCCCCAGCCAGUGCCCCUCUGCAGGGUUGUGCCUGUUUCAGAACCCUGUUCUCUUCGUUUCUGAGGCUGUCGAAGCAAAGACCAUGAAAUGGUUCAGCUUUGUGGGAAUUUAUUUACUCACAAUUUCAAGGCCGGGAAAAUGUGCAAAUCAAGGUCUCAUCCAGGCGAUGCUUCUGCCCAGGAGACUGGCGUUCUGGGGCCCGCUGCCGGCGAUCCUCGGCUCCUCUGCUGCACAGCCAGGUGGGCGGACAACUUUGUGGCCGAGGGCUGCGGAGGGAGCAAGGAGCACAGCUUCCAGCACCCCUUCCUCCAGGCAGUGGGCAUGUUCCUGGGGGAGCUCUCCUGCCUGGCUGCCUUCUACCUGCUCCGGUGCCGAGCCACAGGGGACUCAGACUCCAGCGUGGACCCCCAGCAGCCCUUCAACCCCCUUCUUUUCCUGCCCCCCGCCCUCUGCGACAUGACUGGAACCAGCAUCAUGUAUGUGGCUCUGAACAUGACCAGCGCCUCCAGCUUCCAGAUGCUGCGGGGAGCCGUGAUCAUCUUCACGGGCCUGUUCUCCGUGGCCUUCCUGGGGCGGCGGCUGGCGCUGAGCCAGUGGCUGGGCAUCCUCGCCACCAUCGCGGGGCUGGUGGUUGUGGGCCUGGCCGACCUCCUGAGCCAGCACGACAGCCAGCACAAGCUCAGCGACGUGAUCACAGGGGACCUGCUGAUCAUCAUGGCCCAGGUCAUCGUCUCCAUCCAGAUGGUGCUGGAGGAGAAGUUUGUCUACAGACACAACGUGCACCCGCUGCGGGCAGUCGGCACUGAGGGUCUCUUCGGCUUCAUGAUCCUCUCCCUGCUGCUCGUGCCCAUGUACUACAUCCCCGCCGGCUCCUUCAGCGGGAACCCCCGCGGGACGCUGGAGGACGCACUGGACGCCUUCUGCCAGGUGGGCCGGCAGCCGCUCAUCGCCCUGGCGCUGAUGGGCAACAUCAGCAGCAUCGCCUUCUUCAACUUCGCGGGCAUCAGCGUCACCAAGGAGCUGAGCGCCACCACCCGCAUGGUGCUGGACAGCCUGCGCACCGUGGUCAUCUGGGCCCUGAGCCUGGCGCUGGGCUGGGAGGCCUUCCACCCGCUGCAGAUCCUCGGCUUCCUCGUCCUCCUGGCGGGCACCGCCCUCUACAAUGGGCUGCACCGCCCACUGCUGGCCCGCCUGUCCAGGGCCCGGGCCCCAGCAGAGGAGGGCGAGCACGAGAGACUGCUGGGCAGCCCCCGGGCCCCCAUCAACGAUGACAGCUGAGCCUCUCCAGGGGACUCUGCUCCCCCUGGAUGUGCUUCCUUCUCCUGAAAGCUGAGGCCACACGGGCUGGUGGGCCGGAGUGCCCCGUCCCCGCAGCCUCAACCUGCCACCUCCCCACAGACCGACAGGGCUGCUGCUGCCAUGGAAGAUGGAACAGCACCCCUGUCCUCCUCCUUCCUCACCACCACCUCCCUGGAGGCGUCACCCAGCCCUCCUGCACCCUGGGGCCAACUCAUGAAGCCAAGUUGCACUGAUUUGCAACCCUGAUACUUCCUCCUGAAUCACAAGCUAGAUUUGGUCUCCAAAGAAGAGAAGUCAGUGAAUAAGUUCAGACCAGAACUAAGCACCGUGUUUUCUAAAACUUGUAAGCUAGAACAUCACAAUGUUCCCUAUACCUGCCUACAGAUCUGGGUUCCAGCCCGGACUCGGCCGCAGACCUGGUGCGUGCUCCCCGCACGUUGUCCAGUCACUCUGAGUCCUGGUUUUCUGCUCUGGGAAGUAGACAGUGUAGACUCUGUGGCUUCAGUGCCUCCUGGCCCUGCCCCUCUGUGGGCCGGUGACUUUGACCAAGCCAGACAAGGAGUCGAAGCCCCUUCCUUGGAAGUGCCCUCUGUCUGCAGUGCUUCUCCCCGUGCCCAUUUUGAUGUCCUUGCCCCCUGCCCCCCAGGCACCUGGAAAGAUUUCAGGAGAAAUUCCAGGAAGCCCUUGACAAUAGUUUUUAUGAACUCCUUGCCUUCCAUUUUGAAGAUGAGGUGAGGUCCAGAGUUGUGAGAAACUCGGCAGCUGUCAGCUCUGGUCGCGGGCCUGGGGUGCGCUGGGCCAAGCAGCCGUGGGAAGCAGCAGCAGCCUCACCCCAGCCUCUUGGCUCCAUAGAAAAUGCUCAGAAUCCGUGCUGUUCAGAAUAAUUCCAGGAUCCAGGCAUUGUGCUAAGUGCUUAGCAGGCAUUCUCUCCCCAGCUGCCUUAGAGGUGGGGGGCAGAGAAGAGCUGUGCCCAGAGAAGGUCACAUGACCUCCCCAGGUCCCACAGCUAAGAAGUGCUGAGGCCACCAUUCCAGCCUGGGUUUGUCCAAUUCCAGACCCCGGGCCCCACCUGCCAGCUUCCCCUGAUGGGAUAGGAGCGUCUCGUCGCCUUGUCCUGCUGGAACCCCACCCUGAAAAGAAGGGACUGGUGCCAGGAACCCCGGAGAGCGGAGCAGCCCCGAUUCCAGGGUUUCUCUCUCCCUGGCAGUUUCUGCAGCCUCAUACCAUUUUUCUGGGCAGCUCAGUCAUGCAACAGACCACAGCCUCUCCUUAAACCAGUGCUGGGGAGAAGGAGGCCUUUGGCAUGCAGACCCCCCCCCCCCCCAGGCUGUGAGUUAUUGCAGUGAGGGGGUGGGGGGGCCUGAACUUUGGGCCUUGGUGUGUGUCACAGGAAGGAGAUGGAGAACGAGGGUGGUGGAGACUACACUGCCUUGUCUAAAAACCUGGGGCCUUGGAAUGCUGUUUUGAACUUUAUUUAAAAAAAAAAAGGGGGAAGCUGGCAGUAUAAGAGUUUUCUUUAAUGAAAGAGAGGAGGGGCAUGAGAGGGUAAACGUUCCUGGGGGUAGACUCUAGGGUGUUGGGAUGGAAAAGCUGUAACAUACCAAGGUAUAGGCAUCAUCCGGUUCCCCAUUCAUUGUUCAGAUAAAGAAACUAAAACCCAGAGUGGGAAGAACUUCCACGAGGUCACAGAGCCAGUUAUCUUCAAAGCUGGAUUUCCCUGCUCUGGGUCCUGGCCCUUCUAUUAUGCAACCCACAGUGAGGGGUGCCCAGCCCGUGCGCCACCCUGUGCAGGCCACAUAAGGGCUCUUGGCCUCUUUGAGCACCGCUUGGGAGACCUGGUUUGAAGGUUUGGGGGGCAGUUCCAAUGGGACUUCAGUGGUGGGGGGUGGCAGAGCAUGGGGAGGGGGACCCCCUGCCAGACCUGCCACUAACUCAGGCAAACGGCCUCCAAGAGCAUUGGGUUUUCACAUCUCCAACAUGGGGAUCACAAAACCAGCCUCCAUCUCACAGGGCAGAUGUAAAGAUUAAAUAAAUAAGGUAAUGCAUUUGCAGAUGCAUGUAAACCGGCAGAGCACAGCAGUGUCACAAAGCUGCACUUGUCAGCCCGGGGUGGAGGAUCAGAGGCUAAAGUUCCAGCAGAACCAGGGAAAUGCUUUAUUGAAGCACCAUCGGGAGCAAAAUGCAAGAUUCACAGAGCUUAUAAAACAGGAUGCCUCGAGGAAAUGUGCUGAGCGUAGGUGCCCUCCCAGCCACCUGGAGAUGUGUUUGCUCUCGGGCUGUGAGGGGUGCUCAGGAAGCGAGGCGGGAGGCCUUGCUGUGGGGGCUGGGUCUGGGGGGAGGCCAGGCUCUCUGUGCUCCUAGUCGGGGCGGCCUCAGCAGGAGCAGGACUGUCCGUGGCUCCGGCCUACCCUUCUGAAACCAAAAUGGGAAUUGGCCCAUCAGAGACUUCUGCAAACAAUGGUUCAAAUACAAUCUAAUUUAAACAGUAUGCAUUGUAGUAAACUGACCAACCCCUGCCCCAUACCGAGUCCUCCUGGGGGUGCCCCGGGGCUGGGGCUUCCUCCCAGGGCCGCUGCCCAGCCCCGGGCGUGUUCCUCAGGCCCUCUCCUGCCAGCAGCAUGCCCACAAGCAGAGCCUUGGGACCGUGUCAGGCUUGGCCUGGCAGUGGAAGUUCUGUUUGCCUUCACUUUGUCCAAAGGUCUCUGCAGUUUACCAGGCAUACUGCCCUCAGUGAGGUCAGAGCCCUGACCCCCAAGUGGGGCAAACGGCCACCCGAUGUAGGGGGAAGAAGCAGAAUCAGAAAUCAGGAGUGUUGUCAGCUGUUCCUCUACCUUGACAGUGUGACCUUGGGCAAGUCACAUUACCCCCCCAAGCUCCUGGCUGCCCGUGAAAGGCACAGGUUCUUAGUGUUCUUAAAUGUGCCUCCUUGACCAGCUUAGACAUCGGUUUCAUUCUUUUAUAUUUGUCUGGGGUAAGUGGUGGUCUCUGCCCCUGCUAGUAGCCUAGAGACUUCCAUAGCUGACCAGCAUGAGGCCCCAGGGAGCACAGUGGGGGCUUAAGAUUGAUCUUAAUACCCAAAAGAAAAUGGCUGAGUUCAGUCACUCCUUGCAGUUCAGGAAGGGUGGGACAGGCCUCUCCGGACAUCCAAACUCGGCUGUCCUCCCUGGGCCAGCCUCCUUCUCUUCCAGAAGUGCCAGAUCCUGCUCUCAGGAGGAAGCUCCUGGUGGUCCUUUCGACCCAGGCUUAGAUGCUCAGUGGGGCCACCUUACAAGUCGGUGUCUUGCCUCUUUCCUAUUUAGUUACUGUUUUUCCUGGGAUCAGUCUAAAUGUUCAUCUGUUUCAGAAACCAUGUUUAGAUCAGGAUGGGGAGCAGAUGGCAAUGGAAAACAGGUUUUCCCCUGCAUUCCCCACUGCUGUGCAGUUUGGUCCACUCCUACCAGUACAAAAAUCACUCUCCCGGACCCUGUGCCCUGAGAGUCUUCAGUUCACUUUCCACCAAGGUGCCUCCUUAGCUCCUCAGCCUGCCUGGAAAGACCAGGAGCAGUCAGGCCACAGCCUUCGGUUCUGACCCAGGGAGGAACGUCUCAUUCCAGCCCUUUUAUUAAAGUAGAAAACACUCAUUGCCCACUUGUAUCAACUGGUUUCCAUCUCUCGCACCCUCUUCCCCCAGAUCCCAACAGGGACCAGUGAGUAUGGGUGGAACUGGCUGCCUUUUUCUCUUCAUCAAAUCACUAUUCAUUCCCUUGCCAGUCUCUGUAGCAAUUAAUGAUGUUUGGCCAGGAUAUAAUAAGGGCCGUAUGAUAAUUCCAGAGUUCCCAGGGCACAUGGGAAACUGUUUUAUCAAAGUGAGAAGUUGAUUCGGAUUAAGGAAAAGAAAAAAAAAAAAAAGGAAGGGCAAAGGGCAAAAGAUCACAUUAGUGGACAGGGCUGUGUCCAAAGUUGUAUUCUGCAGGCAUGCAUUCUGUGCUCAUUCUCAGCAUAGCCCUUACGAUAUUCUGCCAAACAUUUUAAAUCCUGCUUUUAUCUUGAAAGUGAUGUGCAUUUUAUAUUGUACCAUAUUAUAGACUUAUUUGUGUUUCAUUCAGUA